AUGCCCAUAACAAGAAGAAAGUUUUGGCAAUACCUGCAAAUUGUAUGCAGUUUGGAAAACCAGCAGCAGGUCGAAACAGUCGAGAAUCCCGAGAAUACGAUGACUGUUAGUAAGAAAUUUAUUAAAGUUUUGAAAUCAUCGUUUAGAGUAACGAACGUCGAUUACGAAAAUCAAACUACUAAAACGCAGAAAAAAAUGAUUGAUGAUGUGGAAGCAAAGAUGGACAGAUUAUUUCGCGAUGUAAUCGACUCGGAAGAUACAAAAUUCGACGAUCGUGUAACACUUGCAUUAUCUUAUCUCUACAUGGCUUAUAUAUAUAUUGAUGACAAAGAUGCAAUACAAACCAGUAAAAGUUAUCUUACGAAAUGUUUGGAAUUAUUAAAAGAAAAUGAACUCGAUUGCAAAGCUAUUUUAAUAGUUCUCCGAGCGCUUAAUGAAUUGAGUUACAUCGAACUGGUAACGGGAAAUAUUAUAGAAAAUGUAUCACAUUUAAAUAAGGCAUUGGAGCUAUACUUGAUGUACACAAAAGGAAAUGACGAUUAUCCCGUUCCUAUCGACGUUGCAAGCGUUCUUAGCAUUGAAGAUAAAAUUAGUUGUAAGCGUUUACUGCAGCAUAUAUACGAAACAACUUUAACAGCCCUAUUGGAUGUAGAUGAUAAUAACUAUUUACCUUUAUGUUCUGAGAAGACAGAUAUAAUAAAAAAAGCUUUAAUAUGUAUGCAUAAACGAUUGGACGAUCAACUGACAACGAAAAUCUACAAUUAUCCAGAAUGGAUUAUAAAUUCAGUCAUAUUGUCCAAUUAUUUAGUAAGGUACGGUCGUUUUACAGAGGCUAGGAAUCAUCUCGCUGCCGCGAACUUUGUGCUACAGAAAUAUUUUGCAGAUAUUUGUCAACAAGUAGAGAAUGAGAAUUAUACAAAAUGCAAAGCACAAGAUAGAUACAGGCACGCGACUGCCAUGACUACCUUGUAUUGGGCGAAAUAUGGACUUGCACUUUUGAAUUUAUCAAGAAAAAGAGCCAUAAUACGAAGAGAGGAUAACGAGGCGAAUAAUUCGCUAUCAAGCAAAUCAGAAUGUCCGAGAUGCACGAAAUUUGAGAUGCAGCCUAAGGGCUUACUAAUAUUUUCUGACAUAGAAAAAGAUCUAGAAGAGUUCGCUGUUCAGAUCACCGAUAAGUGUCCUUUAGAUUACAAAGAGGCAAAAAAAGUUUUUGUGGAUAUUCUGAAGUGGUUUAAUGAUGUAAAGACGUAUGUCAUAAACAGCAAUAUUAUUACAGACAGUAAGAUACUAAAUGAAUUUGAAAUUGGACUGGGCGUUUCUACAGCAUAUAGAUACUUAGCAUCCUUUGAGCAAGAUAAGAGCAAGAAGAUAAAACUAUAUAAACGACAAGCCGACAGUUUAGAAAAGAUGAUACAAAUGUUUCAAUCGUCAACUUCAAUUCAAACAGAAAACAUAGAACGCUUUAGUACUGAAUUGAUAUUUAGUUACUCAACUGUAGUGGAUAUAAUGACUGAUCAUUUACGCGCAGACAAAGAUGAUUUAACAGAAAAGGAGUCAUUGGAAGUUAAGCUAUUUUCGCAAUACACCUUGAAUGCUCUCAAAUUAUAUCUUAAACUUUCAAUGAUAAAUGAUCCAACUAUAACACUAAAUAAGCAAAUAAACGACUCAUAA